GAGCACUCCAAUCGUGCAUACCUGGGUAUGCAAGUUGUGUUGGCUCUUCACGGUAUACCUGCCCCUGCGGGUCUAUUGAUCCGGCAAGAAGCCCGCGCCGGCCUCGAGACUCGAGCGUACUCGAAAGCGCUUGUACAAAAAGCCACCCUCACACGCAUCUCACCAGCCCAGCCAAGAAUCUAUACCUUACAGACCAACCCCAAUCUCCGCAGCCAUGUCAUCUCAAUCCGGCCACUUCCCGCCCGGUAUCCCGGACUGGAACAACCUGAGCGUCCUGCACCGCAACACGCUCCCGCCACGCUCCUACUUCUUCCCCUUCCCAAGCGAGGCCGCAGCGCUCAGCCGCGAAAUAACGCAGUCAGACGCGCUGAGCCUUAGCGGGACAUGGAAAUUCCACCACGCCCCGAGCCCGUACGAGGCGCCCGCAGGCUUCGAAGCUCCGGACUUUGACACGGCUGCGUGGAGCGAUAUCCAGGUGCCGGGUAUGUGGCAGCUGCAGGGGUUCGGCAGACCGCACUACACGAAUACAAACUACCAUUUUCCGGUCGAUCCGCCGAAUGUGCCAGUGCAAGGGAACGAGACCGGGUGCUAUGUGAGGGGGUUUGAGGUUCCGGAGCGCUGGAGGGGGUAUCAGUUGAGGCUGCGCUUUGAGGGUGUUGAUGCGGCGUUUCAUGUUUAUGUGAAUGGCACUGAGGCUGGGUAUCAUCAGGGAUCACGCAACCCUUCGGAGUUUGAUGUUUCUGGGCUUGUGCGGAGCGGUAUGAAUAGGUUGGCUGUGCGAGUGUAUCGCUUCUGUGAUGGCUCGUAUCUGGAGGAUCAGGACCAAUGGCGCACUUCGGGCAUCUUCCGUGAUGUCUUUCUGAUCGGCUUCACCCAGAACCGCAUCGAGGACGUCCACAUUCGCACCGACCUGGAUGACAAGUACACCGAUGCCGAGCUCAAGGCGUCAUUCAGGCUCACCGGUACAGGAAAGCUGACCGUGCGAUUUCUCGACUCCAACAAAGCAACUCUAGACUCGCAAUCACUCGACGCAUCUUCAGACACCGAGGUGAUUCUCAAAGUAUCAAACCCGAAGAAGUGGACCGCCGAAACACCACACCUGUACUACCUUGCCGCCUCCUUCGGUGGCCAAACCCUCACCCAACAAAUCGGCUUCCGCACCACAUCCAUCCAGAAUGGCAUCUUUACCGUCAACGGCCGCCGCAUUGUCUUCCGCGGCGCAAAUCGCCACGAGCACCACCCUAUCCACGGCCGCGCCGUGCCCUAUGACUUCAUGAAGCAAGACCUCCUGAUCAUGAAGCGCCACAACCUCAACGCCGUGCGCACAUCCCACCAGCCCAGCGACCCGCGCCUCUACGAGCUCGCCAACGAGCUGGGCCUCUGGGUCAUGGACGAAGCUGACCUCGAAUGCCACGGCUUCGCAUCCGUCGCGGAGAACGCAUUCACGCCCGAGCAACGCAGCAUGAGCUACGAAGCGCGCAAGGAGAUCGCACAUGCAGAGGCCGCGAAAUGGACGUCCGACAAUCCGCUGUGGGAGGAUAGCUACGUAGAUCGCGCCCGGCAGUUGGUUGUGCGGGACAAGAACCACCCGUGCGUGGUGAUGUGGAGUCUGGGCAACGAGGCGUUCUACGGGCGUAACUUCCAGGCCAUGUACGACUUCAUCCGCGCAUACGAUGAUACACGGGUCGUGCACUACGAAGGCGAUACGCAUGCUCAGACGGUUGAUGUGUAUAGUCAGAUGUAUCCCUCUGUGAACAGCAUAGUCCGCGAUUUCGGGCGCGCGGAGACGUUCGACAAGCCGCUUGUUCUGUGCGAGUUUAUUCAUGCUAUGGGCAAUGGACCGGGAAAUAUCAAGGAGUACAUCGACGCGUUCUAUGCGUAUCCGCGCUUGCAGGGCGGGUUUGUAUGGGAGUGGGCGAACCACGGGAUGGUGACGAAGAACGAAGCUGGAGAGGAGUAUUAUGGCUAUGGAGGUGAUUUUGGCGAGGACGUACAUGAUGCGAAUUUCGUCAUGGAUGGCGUGUUGUUCUCAGACCACGCACCUGCGCCCGGGCUGGUCGAGUAUGCGAAGGCGAUUGAGCCGGUGCAGCUUGUAGAGGGGUCGACGGCGGAUGAUGUGCGGAUUCUGAAUCGGUAUGACUUCCUGACGCUAGACCAUCUGAAGGCGGAGGCGAAGUACAAUGUCCACGGAGGAGACAUCGUCGCCGGAGAAGUCGAAAUUCCGAAGGACAUCCGACCCGGCAAGUCCGCCUCCUUGCACCUCGCGGCGCUCAUAACCGCGGCCCCGAAGGACACAUUCGCGAUCGAAAUAUCUUUUUUGCACAAAUCACAACCAUCAUGGUCUCCAUUACCCACGCACCGCGUUGCGUGGUUCCAGAUCACCCUGUCUCUGCCUACUUUCUCACCUCAACCCUCGUUUUCAUCCGCUGGCAUUCACAUGACCCAGAUAGGCAGCUCCCUCACCAUCACCGCUAGUGCCGACCGCAAAUACAUAUUUUCCCUUGCUACGGGUUUCCUUACGCAAAUAACCAAAGAUGACACGAAUGUUCUCGCCACCCCACCCGCACUCACAUUCUACCGACCUCUGACCGACAAUGACAGGCCGCAGGACGGCUGGCACUGGCUCGAUAAACGUGUGCAUCAACUACGUGCGCGCACGACAGAUGUGUCGUGGACAAUAACGGAUGAUGGAGCAGAAGUCGUGGUCAAGAGCCGAGUCGCGCCACCGGUGCUUGCUUGGGGGUUUGUUGUUGUUACGACGUAUAGUAUUGUCAAUCUAAAGGGCGACGAUGAAGCUGGCUUGAAAAUCGGAGUAAAAGCCGAGCCACACGGCGAACACCCUCCUGCCACACUACCCCGUAUUGGGCUGUCAUUCAGCAUAUAUCCCGAAUUCGACAAGACCGAAUGGUUCGGCCGUGGCUCGGGUCCCAGUUACCGCGACAUGAAACUCUCGCAAGCCAUCGGAUAUCAUCAACUUGCGGCGAAGGAUCUGUGGGUGCCCUUUGAAUAUCCCCAGGAAUCCGGAAAUCGCACCGAUGUCUCAUAUGUAGACUUCGUAUCGAAGGCAACAUCUUUGCGUGCGGUCUUUGAAGGCCAGACGGGAGACUUUAGCGCGUGUUACUACCGUGAGAAAGAUGUCGACGAGGCGCAGCAUCCGUGGGAACUGGAGAGGAAGCGCACGCAGGAUUUGAAUGUGAGGCUUGAUUGGGCGCAUCAUGGCUUGGGCACAGGGAGUUGUGGGCCGAAGACAUUGGUAGAGUAUGCGUUGACAUACGGGCCUUUCGAGUACUCUCUGUGGCUGAUUUAGUAACCCGUAGAGUAUACUCGUCAGAUUAUAGGGAUUGCAUUUAGGUCUUGCGGCUAUUACGAUACCGGAUUGGGGGUGCUGAUGUUGUGCGAUAGUAGGUAUUGAUCGAUCGAGUUCUUGUCGUGUCAGUUCCCAUACAAUACUACCAAGGCCUGCCAUACGCACCCAGUCAAGUCGCUCAUUCCCAUCGAGUCUCAACACAUAAUCCAGGCUUCCUGCAUCAGCAGGCUGGUGCACACUACAAUCAAGCACCGGCAUAUCACCAUCAUCACCCUCGUCAUGCCUCAGCAUAUGAUCUGUCAUUGCCAUACUCAGCUCCAUCAUCGCUGACGGACACUGCGUCUCUGCCAACUCCGCAUUGAUC